CAGGAGGACGCACGAGACCGGAGAAGUUGCUGCAGAGGCUGAGCGCGCGAGCUUUGGAAGACAGUGGCGGGAGCCCGGUACAGCGCUUUGACGCACGCAUCCAUUAUGGACUACUGCUGAUCUGUGAGGGGAGAACACAGAUCCUUACCUCUGUUGGUCGAGUUUCAGACCUCUCUGCUUUAGUUUUUUCUUUCCUAGUUGUUGUCGACGGUUAUUUUCACAUAUAAACAGUGAAUCUGACUGAAUUUUCUGCGUUGCAAAAAAAAUAAAAGAGGUUUGGCGUCAUGAAGUUGCUGCUUUUACCGGUUUUAAUGGCUUUUUUCGCCGUCGUCCAAGUUUUUUGCGAAGAAAACGAGCCAAGAGAAGAAGCGGACUACUGGACCAGCAGCAACCAAAUACAGGACGGCUGGCCCUCCAACAACCCGUUCAGAGAAAUCCUCCUGAGAAUGACGAGAAAGCCGCGGCCGCAUCAGUUCAUCGGCCUGAUGGGGAAGCGCUCCAUGGCAAAUUCACAGAUCACCCGCAAAAGGCAUAAAGUCAACUCUUUCGUCGGACUGAUGGGGAAAAGAAGCCAAGAGGAGCCAGAGUCCUACGAGUGGAACACGAUACAGACGUACGACAAGCGCCGCUAAAGUGUCGUCCGUUCAGCCGCCUGCUUUUCAUCCGGCCAUUCGUCAUCCGUGGGAGGGGCACCUGGCGGUUUCUCCACUGUGUAUAGCUGUUAGUCGAAUAAAAUGAUUCUGUUUCCACAUUGUAGUGAUGUAGCAGUGCUGUACCUGUGCCAGUUUCAUUUGUUCCAGCAGAAGGUAGAUUGGGCUCAGAGGAGUGGGGAUUCAUUAUCGGUGUUGUUGUGGACCAUCAAAGCAAGGCUGUACCCCAGGGUAUGCUGAAAAUUGCACUGCCAAAGUCACUGUAUAGUGCCUCAUAACUGUUUUAAUUGCAAUUGAUUGUUCUAUGAAUACAACACACCGGGACCUGGUUCUCAUUUUGGCUUCAACCGACUUCAGAAGAGCCGUCAUGCGCUGCAGCCGGACACGUGGUUCCACAUGACAGGAUUCCUGUGUGUUACAGUGGUUUGACAAAUAUUAAAAUUAUUUUCUUUACUGGUUCAA